AUGCCCGCCAUCUUUGGUCUUGCCGUGGCAAACCAUGUCAUCCUGAGCGUUACAGGCUAUCCCUUAGACUAUGUACCUGCCAAGGGCCGCGAAAAGAUCACCUUUGACUACCAGCCCAGCUUCUUUCACUCGCUCCUGAAUAUGAGUUCCUACAAGAAGAAGAAAAGUUCUUCUCGUAAGGAUUUUGACGCACCUCUCGUUCAGAGAUCUAGAGAAGAGCGCGAGGAGUCAUCCUAUUCCUGGAUAAAUGAUUGCCUCCCGACCGCCACUUCAACUGCAGGCCUUGGUAGUCACCUCGCGAGCAACACCCAUACCAAGGCAUCGAACAAAUUACCUGAGGAAGUUAGGAGCGUUAUCAGAGACCCAAGUAUUGAUAUAAAGGACGCAGGAACCGGUCACCACGAUAAUCGGAUGACCAAACUUCCUCCAGGUCAGUUCCGUGAGCCGUCUUUGAGACGGGGCUAUGGUAUGCCGUACCAGACACCAAAAGCACUUGAAAGCGUGUCGGCACAGGGAACGAAACAAGUUGGGCAAUGUGAUGCUGGAACUCUAGAAUCGAUCGCAGAAGCACCGUCUUCAGCAUUAGAAUCGCAGACGUCUCUUUCAAGCAGUCGGCAACUACAACCGCCAACCAAUAAUGAAACUAGCAACAUGUAUGAUCUCAGUCAACGUAAACGUAUACGCAGUGAUCUUCAACCUGCCGGUUACCGCCCCAUCGCUAUGCGCCAUCCCGAGACCCAUGGACAAGAAACCAACAAACAGCAGUCAUCAGACAUACAAAUCAGUGGGAAGGUCUUACGACGAGAGAAGUGGAAACUUGUGAAAGGCUGCGUGGAAAAAUGGUGUGAACCACGCAGAUUCCAACUUGCGAAGGAUGGACCUGCGGCAUCAGGCUCCGAGCUCGUUGCACUGCUUGACCAAUGGAACAAAUUAUAUGCUGCAAAGUUUUGUUCUGAAAACCAAAAUCUCUUGGAGGCAGCAGGAUGGAAAAAGGCUGCUGAGAAAAGUCGAAACAGUUCCCGCUUAGAUGCCCCCCACAACCCUCAGGCCAGCCAUGAGAGCAGUUCCCAGAGCGAGAAAGUAGCAGAAGCAUUGGACUUUGAAGUUUCUAUUUGGCCUACUGUCAAAGAUGAACUGAUGGAGUUCGCAGAGUCGAGGAUUCUUCGUUGGGCUGAAGACAAGCUACGGGAAAGGCUACAGGCACUCGAGUCUCUGACCCGGCCGCCCCUUUUGAAGGCCAACAGCUCUCCGGAGUCGUACCAGCUAUAUUUGAGAUACCUCAUGAAUCGUACAGAAGCUGCUGGAAAGAAUUCAAACGCAAUCCGAAAUACCGAGGCUGUCAUGUCUAUGGUACUGGACCUUCUCCCAGGUCUAGAGAAGCGCCUGCGGGAUCAGCUCGGACAUGUGGUCGAUAAGCAAGAAGAUCGUUCCGAGGCUGGUAUUAGGCAUGGCCAGACUAAUGACGCGGAUAAUGACGUGGGCAAUGAUGAUUCUGGAAGUGCUCAUGAGAAUCUUGAAGAAGCUGAUCAUGACAUUGAUCACAAAGUUCAAGAAGCCCAGGAAGAGAUUGAUAAUGAGGACGAAGUCAAGACGAGACUUGAAGAUGGCUCUGAAGAGGAUGAAGGUGAAGACGAAGACGUCGAUGAUUUCGAGGAGUUAUAUCCAGAUGAAAACAAGGAUGAUACCUACAAAGGUCCCGACGAACCCAACCGGCAGCAUAGAGGGUCGGUCCUCGAGUCCAUCGAGCCUCGUACUCCGAUUGUCACUCCAAGGUCAAUGGCUCAACUCCGUCAGUACGAGCAGAGGUACUGGGGCAUGCUUAGAGCUGCUAAAGAUCAAAAAGAGACAGCGGCUGCCGUACUUCGUUCUGUGGAUGAAGAAGAACGAGAAGUGGCAUCACGAAAACGAAAAGCGUCAGAUUCUGUGGAGCCUGCUCUUGCUAUCCGAAGCAAGUCGAUGGAGCAGAGGCUCGCUGCGAUGGGCACCCCGACUCCCUUAGGCAGGAAAAGGCAACGACUCAACGAACAUCUGUGUAGUCCAGCGUCGACAGCUUGUUUGUCUGAGCUUCCGUCUCUUGAGGACAUUUUCAGCUCGAGCAUUGGUCGCGCAUCUUCCGCGACAACACAACCACUUCCCAACUCCUCCAGCCCUGCAGUUCGAGUGAGUAAGAAGAGUAGCACAAGAAAGGACAGGAAUAAAAGCAAGAGUAAAGUAUUCCCUGAACUCGGAGAUACUCCUACCGGCGCUGCUACUGCUCCUAAACUUGAAGAGUUGACAGGAGUGUCACCUGGCCUCUUUGUGACGCCUGAUCCUGUAGCGCCACAGGCCAAUACGCACUUCGGAUUUAAGAAAAGUGACUCGUGUCGUCCUAUCCAAGAGGAAAGAUUUCGGGAAGAAACAGCCGAGUUCCAGGCCAUGACGCCUGGUGCUCGGGAAUCCAUGCUCUACACCGCGCUUCGGGAGAUGCGCCGGCGACAAGGUUAGACGCAACAAGUAACGAGAACUCACCCACCAUAACAUCAUUCUGAACUCACUAUCCAACUUGGAUGUGAUCCUUGGGGUUUGAUCUCGGUCGUAUUUCUUCUUUCCUUUGUUGCUAUUAAGUUUGCUUCAAACUUGUCAAGGGGUUGAUUACGCUGCUUGGAAUUAUUUUCUGGAAGUCAGCGGGAGAGGGAACCUCAAGGUUGCGGAGCACGAGAGGAGUGAUUGGUUGCUUUGUAGUAUAAGUGUUAGGAAGAACCAAUUGC